AUGACCGAUAGAAUCAUGCAUGUUUUUAUGAAUCAAGUAAAUAAUUUUAAAGAACAAAUGCUUGUUGCGGUUCGUGAAGCGAGAAAGCAAAAAAUCGAAAAAAAACGAGCCGAAACAAAAAUUGAUUGGGAGGAGAUAGAAGCGAAAGUUCUUGGUGGUAAUAACGGAGAAAGUAGUCAUCGAUCGGUGCAAGAAACUUCCGAGCAAGCAAAAAAUACUAGACGCAAGAAAAUUUCUUCUAGUGAAGUCGUUAUUGAAAGUCCAUUUGGGCAGUUAAAAAAAAACGUUCAGGAAGGAUGGAGAAAUUUAGUAGAGAAAGUGAUGGGGAAACAAGAGAAUCAAGCAGUUCAAAGCCAAGCUGCCCAAAUCCAAAUUCCGCCCAAGCGAAACCAAUCAUAA